UUGAGUUGCACUUUCAUAACUGUAGAUAAGGGGGAGACAUUAGCCCCCACCAUAGUAGAAAAUUCUCGAGCUAAGAAAUAAAAUAUGGCGAGGGGGAGCGGCGGAGGCGGAGGUGGAGGCGGCGGCAGAAGUCAUAAAGAGAGCAAAGCGGGGGUGUUUUUCAUGGCUACUUUGGUGAUGUGGGGAGUUUCAGUGUUCUUCGAGAUCCUCUUCAACAAGCGCUCUGAGCUAGUACCCAUCAUCAUUGGAUUCUUUUUCUUCCUAUCAGCUAACGUCGUCGUCCGGAAUUUUGUCUCACGUGAUCCCCUCUUCGUCAACACCUCCGUCUCCCUUCUCCAUUCCUCCAUUACCUCUGCCUCUGUUGUACUAAUCUUGCUGACUCAGUGGGUUGAAAAUGGUGUUGGAAAGAUGUUUGAACACUCACAAUUGGUUGAGGUUACUUGGCCCUGGGCAUAUCAAGCUCUUUGCUUUUCAUGUGGUUACUUUGCAUAUGAUCAGUGGGAUAUGUUGCUCCAUCGAUUAUACAGUGGUUGCAUCCCUUCAAUCCUAGUUCAUCACUUAGUACUCCUUGUUUGCUUUACUCUGGCAUUAUAUCGAAAAGUCACCAUCAACUAUCUUAUCCUCACUCUCAUCUGCGAGCUACAUUCGGUCCUGUUGCAUGUCCGAAAAGUUCGCCGUAUGGCUGGUGUUCGUGAUGCUGGAAGCAAGAUUGUGAAGAUGGAAUGGUUUCUUAACUGGCUGACAUUUGUAUUUGCAAGAUUCAUAUCUCACAUUCUUAUCACAGUCAAGCUGGUGAGAGAUGCUCCCAAGUUUGAAAAGGGUAUGGUGCUCCCUCUUGCUCUCUCUGGAAUGGCUGGAAUGAACUUGCUCAAUAUUUUCCUUGGGCUUGAUCUCGUUAAAGCUUACGGGAGAGAGAGAAAAUCAGAGAAGGGUCAUCAUAACCAUCACGAUUGAUGUGUAUUCUUUUGGGGAGUGUGGUGUUGGUGAAGAAUGUAGGCCUGCUUUAACAGAUUAUACUCUGUUGUACAUCACACUACCACAUGUUUUACAUAGUUGAGACAGAGGAAAUAGUUAAAAGACCAAUGUAAAGGUUAGAGAAUUAUGUUUUGUGCGUAAACAAUGGUUUGUUCUUCCCAUUUUUGUGCA